CAGCCUUGGCCGAGGGGACAACCCCAGCAAUGUGGAGAAGCCUGGGGCUUGCCCUGGCUCUCUGUCUCCUUCCAUGGGGAGGAACAGAGAGCCAGGGGGAAAGCUCCUUUUGUAAGAAACCUCCAGCCUGGAACAUAAGGGAUCAAGAUCCAAUGCUGAACUCCUAUGGUUCAGUGAUUGUGGUUGCUCUUCUUCAAGCCAGCUGAUACCUGUGCAUUCUGCAGGCAUCUAGAUUGGAAGACCUGAGAGUAAAACUGGAGAAAGAAGGAUAUUCUAACAUCUCCUAUGUUGUUGUUAAUCAUCAAGGAAUCUCUUCUCAAUUAAAAUACAUACAUCUUAAAAAUAAGGUUUCAGAGUAUAUUCCUGUUUAUCAACAAGAAGAAAACCAAACAGAUGUCUGGACUCUCUUAAAUGGAGACAAAGAUGACUUCCUCGUAUAUGACAGAUGUGGCCGUCUUGUAUAUCAUCUUGGUUUGCCUUACUCCUUCCUAACUUUCCCAUAUGUAGAAGAAGCCAUUAAGAGUGCUUACUGUGAAAAGAAAUGUGGAAAGUGCUCUCUCACGACACUGGAAGAUGAAGACUUCUGUAAAACUAUAGCUUUGGCUACUGUGGAUACAACAACUGAGGAUUCGCAGCCACAUCACCAUCACCAGCAUCAUCAUCACAAGCAUGGGCACCAGCAUGUUGGGAACAGUCAGCUUUCAGAGAAUCAGCAACCAGAAGCACCAGAUGCUCCUGAGCAUCCCCCUCCUCUAGGCCUUCAUCACCACCAUAAGCACAAGGGCCAACAAAGACAGGAUCACCCAGAGAACUGAGACAUGCCAGGAAGGGAAAGUUUACAACUUUCUCUUCCACAAAAUAAGCUCUGACGAAAGAGGUGUAUAAAUCAGUUACUCUGCAAGUUGCCCAAAGAUUCAGAAUUGGCCCCUAGUAGCUGAUGCUGACAUUGUCGACAUCUGAUAUUUGAAAAAACAGGGUCUGCAAUCACCUGACAGUGUAAAGAAAACCUCCCCUCUUUAUGUAGCUGACAGGGACGUUGGGCAGAGGAGAAUGUCAUUGAAUCUUGACAGUGACGUUUGCCUCCAGCUGCCUGACAGCCAAGUCAGCAGCUCAAACCCACAGAAGCCAGCACCAAUUGACGCUGAAAAAAUAAGGCAGAAAUGUGAAAAUGACCUUCAAACUAAAUAUUUAAAAUAGGAUAUACUCCCCAAGUCAGUCUAGAUACAAUUUCUUUUCCAGCAUUUUUAUAAGCUACCUAAUUAAUAGUGAUACAAAAAUAGAAAUUGGAUUUGUGCAAACAUGGAGAAAUCUACUAUAUUGGCUUCCAAAUUUUAAAAUUUAUGUCAAAGAAAUUUUGACCCAAACCAUAUUUUUAUUACAGGGCAACUGACAGGUGAUUGCAGCAUUUGGUUAAUAUGUCUUUCUUUUUCUUUUUCCAGCAUUCUACUUGCAUUAAUGAGAACAGAAACGUAAACUAUGACCUAGGGGUUUCUGUUGGAUACUUAGCAAUUUAGAACAGAGGAAGAACAACAAAGACAUGUUUUCCAUUUUUUCUUUACUUAUUUCUAAAAACAAUGUUAUCUUUGUCUUUUUAAUUUUACAUUUUUAACUGAUUAAACCUUUAAAGAAAAAAGUGAAUACUGUCUUUUAAGAUCCAGAAAUACUUACACAUGAAUAUUUUUCCAUGUCUACGUUUUAAAUAUCCAUUUUAUACAUUUUUUAUAUCUAAGACUCAUAUCUUGAUUUUUACUAUCACAUAUGAAAGAAAUCUUUAUAUCUUGUUUUCUUUAUUUAGCAUUGUAUCGCACUUUGAAAUUUGAGAUUGCCUCUUGAAAGAUAUAAGGGGAAAGAUAAAAGAAUGUUGUCUAUCUCUUGAUUGCUUAGAGAGUAUUUCCAGAGUCAAUGAUGGUUCAAUAGGUAAACUAAAUCCUAUAAACCUGAACUUUUUUAUGGUUAAUACUAUUAAGCAAGAAUGCAGUAUACAAUUGGCCAAAGUGUGGAUUUGUUUAAAUAAACUCAAUAAAAAAAGCUUAAACCUGUCUU